ACUGAUGGGAACAGGUGGGUGGCACUGCUGGAUACUGAUGAGUGGCACUGCUGAGCACUGGUGGGCUGGCACUGCUGGGCACUGGCUGUCAGAGCCGAGAACCGGCAGUUGUCAGAGCAGGGAUCGGCACCGAUCAUCAAGGCACUGAUGAUCAGUGCCCUGAUGAUCGGUGCCCAGCAGUGCUGUCCACCAGUUCCGCCCACCUGUGCCCAGCAGUGCUGUCCACCAGUGCCCAGCGGUGACACCGACCAGUGCCCAGCAGUGCCACCCAGCAGUGCACUCACCUGUGCCCAG